GUCGCUGUGUCCGGCGCUCGAUCACACUCGGACCCCGACACGGCCGGGUAGACCCCAGGAUCGGGUGCACCAGGUCCUGGUGUUUGUGCGAUCAGACCCGCUCUUUCGCCGUCAUGACGUCCCGCAGGUGGUUCCACCCCAACAUUACUGGGAUGGAGGCUGAGCAACUCCUACUGACCCGGGGUGUCCAUGGCAGUUUCCUGGCAAGGCCAAGCAAGAGCAACCCAGGAGAUUUCACGCUGUCGGUCAAGCGACACAGCGAGGUCACCCAUAUAAAGAUCCAGAAUUCUGGAGACUACUACGACUUGUAUGGCGGGGAGAAGUUUGCCACACUGGCUGAACUGAUACAGUACUACACUGAACAGCAGGGCCUGCUGCGGGAGAAAAACGGCAAUGUCAUUGAACUCAAAUACCCCCUGAACUGCAAGGACCCCACCUCUGAGCGGUGGUACCACGGACAGGUGUCUGGGAAGGAUGCGGAGAAACUACUGACAGAAAAGGGCAAGCUUGGCAGUUUCCUAGUACGCGAGAGCCAAAGCAAGCCAGGUGAUUUUGUGCUUUCUGUUCUCACUCAUGAGGAGAAGCCCGAGAAUGCUGACCGCAGGACCAAGGUCACCCACGUCAUGAUCCACCAUCAGGACGGCAAGUAUGAUGUGGGAGGUGGAGAGACGUUUGACACAUUGUCUGACUUAGUCGAGCAGUACAAGAAAAAUCCCAUGGUGGAGAAGAGCGGCAUUGUGGUACACCUCAGACAGCCAUUCAACACAACCAGGAUCAAUGCGGCCAACAUUGAGAACAGGGUGCGAGAGCUGAACAAAGUGGCGGACAGUUCAGAGAAGCCCAAACAGGGGUUUUGGGAGGAGUUUGAGAUGCUACAGCAGCAGGAGUGCAAGCUUUUGUACCCCAGGAAAGAAGGGCAGAGGCCAGAGAACAAGGGCAAGAAUCGAUACAAGAACAUCCUACCCUUUGACACCACUCGUGUGGAGCUAAAGGAGGUAGACCUGGAUAUGCCCGGCUCUGACUACAUCAAUGCCAAUUACAUCCGGGUGAGUGGUAGAGUUAAUAUGCACAAUGAAGGGCGCUAUGCAGCAGAGAGCAAGGUCUUCAUUGCCACCCAGGGAUGCAUGCAGAACACUGUAAUAGACUUCUGGAAGAUGGUGUAUCAGGAGAACACACAUGUUAUUGUCAUGACGACCAAGGAGAUGGAGCGAGGCCGGAACAAAUGUGUCCGGUACUGGCCAGAUAGUGACUCCACCAUGGACUUUGGACGGAUCAGUGUGAAGAACAUAGAGGAGCAGAAUGCCCAGGACUACGUCUUGCGGGAACUGGAGGUGCUAUGUGUGGACCGAAGUGAGCCUCCAAGAACCAUUUGGCACUACCAGUACCUCAGUUGGCCUGAUCAUGGUGUCCCUAGUGAGUCUGGAGGAGUUCUUAGUUUUCUGGAGCAGAUCAACCAGGCUCAGAAUGCCAUCCCUGGUGCCGGACCCAUUGUUGUGCAUUGCAGGUAG